CCCGCCCCCACAAUGGAACUUGGCUGCGCUCAGCUGACGCCGCACUUCACGUGACGUUCGUGCCCAGUGAAUAUGGCGGCCACCAGCGGACCUAACUUCUGGCUGGGGAACGAGACCCUGAAGGUGCCGCUAGCACUCUUUGCCCUGAACCGGCGGCGCCUGUGUGAGCGGCUGCGGAAGAACGAGGCCGUGCAGGCGGGCUCCGUGGUGGUGCUGCAGGGCGGCGAGGAGACCCAGCGCUACUGCACCGACACCGGGGUGCUCUUCCGCCAGGAGUCCUUCUUCCACUGGGCUUUCGGUGUUACUGAGCCAGGCUGCUAUGGCACCAUUGAUGUUGAUACUGGAAAGUCGACCCUGUUUGUGCCCAGGCUUCCUGCCAGCCAUGCCACCUGGAUGGGAAAGAUCCAUUCCAAGGAGCACUUCAAGGAGAAAUACGCCGUGGAUGAAGUCCAGUACUCGGAUGAGAUCGCCAGCAUCCUGACAUCACGGAACCCCUCCGUCCUCCUCACUUUGCGUGGUGUCAACACAGACAGCGGCAACACCUGCAGGGAGGCCUCUUUCGAGGGCAUUAGCAGGUUCAAUGUCAACAACACCAUUCUUCACCCAGAGAUUGUUGAGUGUCGAGUGUUCAAGACCGACAUGGAGCUAGAGGUCCUGCGCUACACCAAUCGGAUCUCCAGCGAGGCUCACCGGGAGGUCAUGAAGGCCGUCAAAGUGGGAAUGAAAGAGUAUGAGAUGGAGAGCCUCUUCGAGCACUACUGCUACUCCCGAGGUGGCAUGCGUCACAGCUCCUACACCUGCAUCUGUGGCAGUGGGGAGAACUCUGCCGUGCUGCACUAUGGACACGCGGGAGCCCCCAAUGACCGCACAAUCCAGGAUGGAGACAUGUGCCUGUUUGACAUGGGUGGUGAAUAUUACUGCUUUGCUUCCGACAUCACCUGCUCCUUUCCUGCCAACGGCAAGUUCACCACAGACCAGAGGGCCAUCUACGAGGCCGUACUGCGCAGCUGCCGUGCUGUCAUAAACGCCAUGAAGCCAGGCGUAUGGUGGCCUGACAUGCACCGCCUGGCUGACCGCAUCCACCUGGAGGAGCUGAGCCUCAUCGGCGUACUGAGCGGCAACGUGGAUGCCAUGGUCCAGGCCCACCUGGGGGCUGUGUUCAUGCCUCACGGGCUAGGCCACUUCCUGGGCAUUGACGUGCACGACGUGGGAGGCUACCCCGAGGGUGUGGAGCGCAUCGACGAGCCGGGCCUGCGCAGCCUGCGUACCGCAAGGCAUCUGGAACCUCGCAUGGUGCUCACCGUGGAGCCAGGUAUCUACUUCAUCGACCACCUCCUGGACGAGGCUCUGGCUGACCCAGCCCGUGCCUGCUUCUUCAACCGCGAGGUCCUGCAGCGAUUCCGUGGCUUUGGUGGGGUCCGCAUUGAGGAGGACGUCGCGGUGACUGACACUGGCGUGGAGCUGUUGACCUGCGUGCCCCGCACCGUGGAGGAGAUCGAAGCGUGCAUGUCGGGCUCAGACAAAGCCUUCGCCCCUUUCUCUGAUCCGAAGUAGGGUCCACCAGGCG